GGAUUGUAUCUUGCUACAUAUUUCAAGCUCAUUAUCCCCAUUUUUCUCAUAUCUUAUGGGCAAUUACCAGUCGGAUACACAACGGUAUGCGUAAUUAACAUGAGCAAUUUGAAUGGCGUGAGAAAGAAAGAAAAAACCAAAUAAAGGAAAUGGAUAACUUAAACGACCUAUUAGAGGAGCAUAUCUCUCAGAAGGACCGAUUGUUUGUCGCAUUCGGCAUUGGUAGCUACAACCGUGGGGAUGACAAUAACGACAAGGAGUGGGGAAACGAACAGAAUGAAGUCAGCGGCGAAGCACGUACAUGGUGUAACAUAUCGGUAUUCGUAGAUGAUGUUAUAGAUGAGAACAAGGCUAGAGAGACGAUUCAACAUCUCGAGAACGAUAUCAACAAACACCUCACGCAGGAGCACCGGAGAGGCUAGCGUUCUAUAUUGAAGAUACUUCCGUCAAUGCAUAUCGAGCAAGAUCGCAUAAAAUACAAGGCAAGCUAUGCGUUAAGGAUGCUGUUGAACAAGCACAAACGGAGGUGGAGUCGGAUAACGACGAAGGAGAGAGAACUCACCCUUCAACACCCCGGCCCGAGAUAGUAGAAGCGAUGAAGAACGUUAGUAAUAUCCAAUUAUGAGAAUAGGAUAGGUAAUGCCGCGAGGACGCGUCGGAAAUCAUACGGAGACAUAAACCCACUUAUAUGAACAAGAUCCUACGCAAAAACUACCCAGGUGGGUAUAACGAUUGAAUGGAAGUAACGGAAUACACA